UGUGGUGCUGUUAAUUAGUUUUUUAUUCAAAAUGGCUACAUUUCGGAAAGUAGCCACAUUGGCUGUAACAUUCAUUGGUGGUGGAAUAGCAGGUUCAAAACUUGAGCAUUUGUUAAAACAGAAAGAUGGGUAUAUCAAGAAAUUAGAAGCUGCUGCUCCACUGGAUAUCAACAGACCAAAUGAAAUAAUGAGGUUUGGAUUUCCAAACAAUGGAAAUAUUAAUAUCAAGAAAAACUAUGUAUUGGGUUAUGAUAACAGAUUACGUAAUGCAUCUUGGGUAUUUGAGCAUAUAAAUAAAGAUUUAUUGAAUACGAAACAAUCUGAUCGACUCAAUAGUUCCUUCUCACCGGACUCGUCAAUUCAUCCAUUUUUUCGUGGAACUAAUCAAGAUUUUUGGAAUUCUGGGUAUGAUCGUGGACAUCUUGCGGCAGCGUCAAAUCACAGAGCAUCUCAAGAAUGGAUGGAUGACACUUUUCAUCUUUCAAAUAUUGUACCUCAGAAUCCAAUUAUGAAUCAACAGGCUUGGAAUAACUUAGAAAAAUAUGUACGAAGUCUUGCGUAUCAUUAUGACAACGUUUAUGUAUGCACUGGUCCACUUUACUUGCCAAAACAGGAUGGCAGUGGUAAAAUGAGAGUAUCUUAUCAAGUGAUUGGUAGGAAUCAUAUUGCUGUACCUACACAUUUGUAUAAAGUUGUUGUAUGUGAGAGAAAUUCAAGAUUUGAAUUACUCUCAUAUGUAAUGGCCAAUGAAUGGGUUGAUCCAAGUGUUCCUCUGAAGAAUUUUUUAUAUCCAAUAGAAGCAAUUGAAAGAGCUUCAGGUCUUUUAUUUUUUGAUCGAAUUCCAAGAGAAAGAUUUUGGAAAAUCAAUCAUGGGAAAGAAACGGAAUUAUAAAGUACUGUACAAGAAUAGCUGUGCAAAAUGUACAGUAGGUUACAUCCAUGUCAUUGCAGGCUAGUCAAACCCAUUAUUAUGCUCUUUCAAAUGAAUUUUGAUAAAGGAAUAAGCAAUUUCAAAUAUCAAGUAGGUUGAGACUAGACUGGCGGGCCAUGUGAGUGUAAUAUAAGUUGCAUUUUAUGAACAAUAUUUACAAUGUCGCAAAAGUGAAAAACAAUAAGUCUCCUGCCAAAACCAAAUUUAAUCGCAAUCUCAACAAAUUCUUUGAGCUAUUUUUAACUAAAACAUCAAAAUUUUGGUUAUCGCAGCAUCGAGCAGGCCAGAUUGAUUUACCGUACCCAUCGAACGGGAUUUGGCCCACGAGCCAUAGUUUGCCCAUGUCAGGUAUAACUUAUGAUGUAACCAGCUUGCCUUACCUUAUGCCAAUUUUGUUCCAUGUUCUUAUGAAAAUUCUAAAUUAUUUCAUCUGUUUCCACUAAUCAUAGUAUUUUAACACUGUUGCUAAUGCAAAAUUUUACAACUGUGAAUUUAGCUUGUAGGUCCAAUUUUCAGAACUUAUUUAUGAAUUGAGACCAACAGCUGCCGUAUAAAGAGGUAGCAAUAUAAUUUAUAAUGUAGAGCGAAUUCAUUAUUGUACCUUGUUUUUAUACCACUGUCAACAGCAAUUGCUUAUUCAGAUUAUACCUAGCAAAUGUUUUGUUUUUUUUUUAUCUUGUUCAUGGGUCCAAACUUUUUGGUGUAAUAUCAAUAUCAUCCACUUUUUUCCUUAUUAAAGUUUACCUGUGAAUGUUAGAUUUACAACUUUUAAGUUUUAAAUGUUACCUGAAUAAUGUGCUUAUUGUACAAUUUAGAUUUUUGUUUAUACAACGCUUAUCAUGCCUUUCCACCAAACAAGGCGCUAUACAAGCAGCCAGUGAUAUCUAAGGAGCUACUUGUUACUAAGGAGAACCAGAAUCUUUCCAGUUUGGCAUUGCUUACCCAAUUUAUUACACCUUGGCAUGGGAUUUAAUAAACCCCGAGUUUCCUUAUUCAUAAAAUAUAUAACGUUAUCAUGUGCACAACUUUUACCCAAAAUUCUUCAAAAUUUUUCUUUGCUGCAUUCCUGGUGUAUGGCACAAAUUGCUUUAUCAACUGUAUUUAUUAUGUUUUGGCAUUUUUAAGCAUUGUCCCUUUCAGGCACUAUGUUGAAGUUUUUCUUAGAAUAUAACAACUAAGCUGUAGCUCAUAUGCUUCACAUCAAGUUCAAUUCAUAUAUCUUUUACCUUCAAUCAUAAAUCAUUGGUGUUACAGAGUUAAAUAUCAUUAGCAGCUUUUACACAAAGCUUUUUUUCUUUUUCAG